UACGCACGGAGGAAAGCAGCCCUGCUAUUGGAAAAUAUUUUUGGGUCUUCUGGUGCCCUCCCAUCCGCCUCACACCAUCCUGUCAGCCAGAGGUUACAACAGCCAGGAUUAUGCUCGCAAAAAAUGUAAUUUUUGUACAAAUACUACAGUCAGUGAAGUUUUCGAGGUUGCCUACAAAAUCCCACAGCAGCUGAACAGGAAACGCGUUGGCCGGAGCGGCUUCUCUAUCGUCAGGGAUUCUUGUGGAGGUUGUUGGACGGGACAGCAGAGCAUCGACUGAGGCUCCCGACGCAUUGCUCGACCACGAUCCCAGAGAUGCUGCCCUGCCUGCGGAGAGUCCUGCGGCCCGCCCUCUCUCUGAGAGCUGGAGCUGGGUUGGCCACAGCCGGACUCAGCCACCACCAAACACCCGCCAUAGUAGCAUCCACGGCGCGCUUCGCUCCAGAGCCCCCCCUCUGGUCGCUGGUGCAGCGGUGUAACCUGGGCACACACCCGCUGAAGGAGCCCGUGGAGCCGCUCAACUCGCCCAGGGGGGCCAAGGAGUUUAUUUAUAGCCUUCAUCCGUCCGAGCGCACCUGUCUGCUGCGAGAACUGCACAGGUUCGAGUCCAUAGCCAUAGCCCAAGGGCAGAUGGAGAUUGCACCACCGACUGCAGCACAGUUAAGAUAUGUCUUGCUGCAUAAUGCACUCCCUUUUGUUGGAUUUGGAUUCCUGGACAACUGCAUCAUGAUUGUUGCUGGCACACAGAUUGAGUUAUCUAUCGGCGUUAUCCUCGGCAUUUCAACUAUGGCCGCUGCUGCCCUUGGCAACCUGGUGUCUGAUCUGGCAGGGCUGGGGCUGGCAGGUUAUGUGGAGGCCUUGGCGUCUCGACUGGGAAUGCAGAUUCCUGACUUGAGCCCAAAACAGGCUGACAUGUGGCAAACCAGAGUCAGCUCUCACUCGGGCAAAGCCAUUGGCGUCGGCAUCGGCUGUAUCCUCGGCAUGUUUCCUCUACUCUUCUUCAAGGACGAAGAUGAGAAGACAGAAGGCCAGACGGAGGCGAAGGAGAAAGCACAGCCACCACCUGCUCCAACAGAGAGCAGCAAAAACUGAAACUGUCAACCUGCCAGAGACAAAUACUAUUUGGAAUCCAUUAGAAUACUUUAAAGUGGGGACUGACUGGCCGUGUCUGGUGGACUGGAAUGUAUGGAAAUGUCAUCGCAUAAAGUCUUUUCACUGAGCAAAUGCUUUACUUUGCGAGGCCUAGUCAGACCACCAAAGGUAUUCUGAAGAGGAUUUUAGAUACUAUUUGAUUGUGGACUUGAACCUAAGCACAGGGACUUGACCUGUCUCUGUCUCUUGACGAGAGACGGCCGAUUCAUUGGACUGCUGCUACUCCAACUGUUGCACCAUAACCUCACCACGUUUUGACUGACCUACACUGAAGCUCAUUUACCUGAAACACCCUGCAGUGACCUCUUUCACAUCUUUUUGCUCAGAGUCUGUUAAAUAUAUGAACCUCUUGCUGUAGAUGGUUUAACAGCAUGUAAGGGAAAUUAACUUUUUGAGGGUUCACGUGAAACAUUGAAACCACGCUAGAAAAAAAUACUUUUAGAGCUCAUUCAGAGAAAAAAAAAAGAAGAGUGCUACGCAUUUUUCAUGGGAUCUUGGUGUUGAAUUGACAAUUCUUGAAUAUUAUCAGAACAGACAUGCUGAUGGCUUGAUUCAUCAGUGUUGAAAAUCAUCCUGUGUUUCCUAAUCAGUUUUUUGUGACCCGUCAACUAAAGAGGGUCACGUGCUUAUAAAGAUGCACCCUUCUGCAUCAAGUCCAUUACUCUUUUGUCUGCCUUGUGAUGGUGUCACAGGCUUCAAGUCCCGCCGUCCUGCCUCAUUCAUUCUCCAUGACAACCAGUCAGCUUCUUUAAGGGAGAAAACAGCAUAACGCCUGCUAGCUGCCUCUUUAGACUUUUAUGUUUUUUUUUGCUGCUGAUGAACUUUAUAAGCCUGUAUGCUUUGUGAUAAUCACCCAAAGCUGUAACAUGCCCAUAAUCUCUCCCAUGUAUACGGUUUGCGACCAGGUAGGUGCAGUUCAACAUGGUUUCGCCUUUUAAACAACAGUUUGUAACUUUUCUCAUUACGGUGAGCAGGAAGGACAGAAAUAAAGAGAGACAGAGAGUAGCUAUGGAAUAAGAACACUAAACCCCUGAAGAGACCUCACCAACACAUGUAGCUCAGGAGACCAGUUUCUAAAGUGGAACCGCAUAAGGACAGCCCAGUAGAAGUGAGAAUGAUUUUUACCCUGUUUCUGUUCAGUGGAAAAGCUGUUACUGUUUCCAACACUAAUGCACAACUCCAUUUUUGCCCAUAGCUGUAGAGAUAUGAUCUUGUCUCUGCUCUAGUGCCCUCCACUGGCUGAAAUUCAGAGAAAGUUGUCAGUUGAGUUCAGUUUACACCUCAUAUUAACACACAAUAGUAGUUAGAAACCCUCACUUAUUUGCUUUGCCUGUUUAGUAUUCAGACACCACAAUGUCUACCUGCUAAACUUCUCUGGCUAUAAGUUGUCACUUUAUCAUUGUUGUUAACUUAAUCAGUAUGUUUAUUGUGAAAUGCAAGUUUGGACAUCUGUAUCAUAUGCCGGCCAGAAAACACAGAAAGGAAAGGCAAAAAGGACAUAUUCCCAAGUGUUAAAUGAGCUCUUGUUGAUUUUGGAAAAGUUGUGUGUGUGUGUGUGUGUGGCCUGCCUGGAACAGGUUGCUCAUCUCAUCAGCAGAACUCAAGACUGUUUCUUUAUGGCGUUGAAUCUGUUUAGAAGUUAAAAUGAAUGGAUUUUCUUUGCAGAAAAUGUAUUUAUUUUUGUUAUAAUACUGCAGACUUGUAUUCAUGUAUGUUCUCAUAGUAUAUUCUGUUUAUCUCAAAGGACAAUGUUAAGAAUAGAAGACAUGUCAGCACAAAACAAAACAAAGUUUGUGAGUAUAUUUUCAACAGCACUGGUCAACAGGGCUUUUCAUCUGAUGGCUCUGUGUUUCAGUCUGUAACUUGACUUCCUAAAAAUGCCCUGAAGACUCAUCCUCUAUAAGAUUGUUCUAGUUAUUUAUUAUGUGGAUAACAGUGAUGCUAAACCAUGAUAGAAUGAAGAAAAUGUACAAAGAACUCAACAUAUUUAUGAAGUUUUUGAAGUUUGCUUCAUUUCCACCUUGCAUGCACUGUUGAUUUAAAAAAAAAACCUUAUUGUACAUGUUAACUUUGUAAGAAGAACUUAAAAAAAACAAAACAAAACAUGUAUGUUCUAAAAUGAUGCGUCCCAGCAGGAUAUGAAUCACUGGAGGUGAUAAGGAAGUAACCCAGGCUUUUUAACUGAUAAAAAUAAAUAUUUUGUGUCUGUCUAAACAGUAACGAAG